CUUGAUAUAAAUGCACCAACUCAAGUGUCGCCUCACUUUUACACAAGAGAGACAUGGUCAUCACUCACAUCUGACCCAACUGAGACGAGAAGGUUGUUAUGGCAGCCCCAAAUGAGCCCUUGUUUUCCCUGCAUCCCGUAGUCGAAGGAGACAUUCCGACACUGACCGCACUGUCCGGCCUCACCUUCGACAGCGACAGACACACGCAACUCAAAGCAGCCCAUCCGACCAAGCCGUAUGACCACGCAGCCGGAACUCCUGAUGCUAUCAUGCACUGGCUCAGCCUGCCUCAGAAAGUAGAAGUCACCAAGGCAGUCGACAACGCGACCGGUCAGAUCGUGGGCUGUGUCGGCUGGGUGUUCCGAGGUUUCGACAGAGAUCCCAGCGCGACGGGCGCGGCUGCUGAGAACGCGCCAGAACCUACCAAGCCGCCUGCCCACUCGGUGUCGUCGGACUACGCCAAGACCGGAUCAGCGGACCUCGACCCCCUGGAGCAGCUACGUGGGCUCACGGACGACCACUUCGCCCGGUUCAUGAGAAAGAUCAUGCCCCCGGGUACGCGAUGCAUGUUCAUCGCCGGCAUCCAGGUGCACCCUGAGUAUCAGGGAAGAGGCAUCGGGCGUGCCCUCGUCCGGAAGGGCACCGACCGCGCGGAUGUUGAGGGGGUGAUAUGUUGGGUACACUCAAGCGAGGCCGGGGCGGUGUUGUUCCCGAAGUGUGGCUUUAAGGUCGAUGAAUCUCUUGAGAUUGACCUGGACGAGUGGGCUGGAAGAAUGGAUAUCAGGCCACCGGCGGGUGAUGAAAGAUGGGGGCAGUACACGUUCAGGUAUUUUGUGAGGCAACCUCAUGCGUCCUGACAUAUGAGACAACAUAUGCGACUGUCAUCAACAACGUUGCUAAUUCACUCAUUGUACAACUU